GGCUCAUAAAGGCAUAGCUGUUUCGAACUAUGAUAAGAAGGAAGUUGGCGGUAAAUUGUAUGCAGUUGCAGUUAUAAUAUAAGCCAAUCUACAGUGUGGUAUCAAGAGAAGUUGGGAAUAUUAACACGCAAUAAGAAUAAGGAUUUCGAUUACUUAGAAAAUCACCAUCCUGAAAUGUCAACUUCGACCUGCAAUGCAGCUGAAUAUACUACCUAAGAAGAAUUCACUAGAAGGCUGUAGUCAGUGUAAAAGGCAAAGAUAUUCUUUACCAACUUCCCUAUGCACAGCAUGAAGAGAUGAUACGGAGCGAAGCAGAAAAAUUUCAGUAAACAUGACCAUAAACGGGACAGCCAGUCCCCAAGGCACGACCACAAUGCUGAUCAACUCAACUGCAUCAGUGUUUCAAGCAAAUGUACAAAAGGACGAAAUUUCGUUGGGAUUAAAGAUUGCAAUGGGCUCUUCGGUGUUGAUCGGAAUACUGCCUGGCGUGGUAGGGAAUAUUCUUGUUAUCAUUGCUAUAACAACCACAAGACUGAGCAAUAUGAUUAUCAACUUGCUAGUUCUCAGCCUAGCCUUAACCGAUGUUCUCAUUUGCAUUUUUCCAAUGCCAGUUUUGACUGUUUAUUUCGUCUUCUACUGGCCUGCUUGGAUGUUAAAUAAUGGCUUUUGUACAGCCACCGUUUAUGUGGUGAAUGUUUGUGGUGUGGUGUCUAUUCUUACGAUGGCUGCGAUCGCUUUGGAUAGAUACUUCGCCGUUCAACGUCGCCAUGCGUUUUUCAGUCGCAAAAAGUGCAUAACAACAAUGGUUGUUAUAUGGAUAUUUAGCGCAGCCAUUGGUGUGAUAAAUGUGUUUAAAGGUGGGAUAAAUAAAGAGAAGCUGAACAGUGGCACCUAUGAUGUCUGUAAUAGAAUAAGUGGCAAACACAUAUCGGAUUCUUCCACUAAACUCAGUCUUAUUAUCAAGCUUCUCAUUGGUUUACCAAUUAUCAUCGGGCUGGUACUAAUAUACGCCCGAAUGUCAUAUUCAGUUUGGAAGCGGCGUAAUAUACCGACAGCGGAAAACACCAGAUCACGUAGUGUCCGCCAGUCAAGAAGUGUGAAAAUACGUGCGUUGCACAUGAUGUUUGCAAUUGUGAUAGCUUUUGCUAUAUGUUGGAUUCCUUAUUAUGUUGUCACAUUUCUUAGAGUUUUCCAACUUACACCCAGCCGGGAUAUCGACCCUGGCUCAGCACUUUUCUCCUAUUGCCUAGCGAUGCUGAAUUCAACAGUCAAUCCAAUUCUGUAUGCGUUGCUUAGCAAACGAUUUAGAAAUGCAUUUAAGGAUAUUUUGACAGGGACGCGGAGUAGAAGAUUUAAAUCGUUCACUUCAGAUUUUAAAAAACGUUCUGCAAAGAUUUAACUUAAAACGUAUACAGGGGCGGCGCCACGGGCUGGACUGGGGUGCACAUGUCCACCCCACUUUUUUCAGUUCGACUUUCUAAUUUUUCCAAAACUGGGUGAGGGUGUUAGUUUCUUCUCUGGGAUUGGAACCUUGUUCAUUUUGAUGGGCAGUUACGGUUCGUUUCAGAUCUUAGCUGACAUAGAGAAUGGUGUGUUGGAUCAUCAUUUUCGUAAAUAGUGAGAAACUUAAAUGAAGAUGAUCUAUAAAACACAGCUUUAUCGUGCUAAACAGUUGGUUCUUAGAGUGUGAUUAUUGCCUUCCCUCCCUGUUUAAGGUUUUGGACAAUAAUUGGUUUUAAAACUUGUACCUAAACUUUUUUACGCUAUAAGGAUAGUAUUUGCAGCCCCACCUGUUACAGCUGCAUCACUGUUUAGCCUGAAUAUCAGACGAAAGGUUGGAAAAACUUGUUCAAAUUAGCUUCGAUCGAGAUAUGGCAGAUAAAAUAGACAAAGAAAGCCUUGUUAAUAAGUUUAAAACCAUUGCUAGCCGAAAAUUACCACUCUGAAAUUAACUUUUAUGUUUUUAGCUUCUAUGUGCCUAUGGAAUUGAACUCUUCUAUUGAAAAUUUCAAAAUAUGUCAAACUUGGUUAUCAGUAACGAGUGCGAUUUCUGGUACGGUGUUGCACCGGUUUCUCAUCCAGACCCCUUUAUCAGCUCCACUCCUUCAUUGCCCACCCCACUAUUUUGGGGCUGGCGCCGCCCCUGAGCGUAUAGUUUUGGAUAUUUUUUGUAUGAUUAACGUUUCUGUAUCCAAACUAGAAUCAUGUUUGGAUUUUUAAAUUUUUGCAACUUUUAACGACUAUAUUUAUUUGUAUGUGCGAGAAUUAAUUAAGGGGACUUUCAAAACAAAAGGGGGCCUUCUUCAUUUCAGAUAAUUUAAAUUCCCGACAAAAAAAUUUCAGGAAAUGGUGGUCAAAUUUUCAGAUAACUUUUAUUAUUGAUGAAAAAGCAAACGGCUUAGAGUGAACUGUUGUGUCAUCAUGCCGCCUAUUAGGUUCAUGCUCGAAAUGCUGUUUUUUAAGUAUAGAAUUCAGAUAUGAACAGCUGUUUAAAGAUAUAGGGAUUGAUUGGAUUACGUCUCUAUUUGUUCAGUAACAGGACUACCAGCUAAUUAGUUUUUUGUGCUGUCUUGAUGUCAAUUUACUAAGAACUCUGGCUAGAGAUCUGUUAGUCUAUAAUAGCGUUGUUGCUCCCCUAUAACACCAAUGCAUUUCCCUUUCAAAAAACGUACAAGAUUUCCACCAGAACAAAAGAAUUUCCUGGAAUUUGUCAUAUGGCAGGAUCGUGUCUGUACGAAAGGCGUUUACGAGAUUUCUAUAGAGUAACUCGCCCCUCGUCACAGCCGAGGGAUGUAUCACUUUUUUCAAACAUCAUAGGAUAUUUUUUCAGAGCAAAAGGAUUUUUAGGAUUUUGGGGGAUUUUUCUCUGAAACAAAAGGAUAUCUCCCAAGAGUGCGAGAUUUCCGUGGAGUGAUAUGCCCCUCGGUCACAGCACGCAGGCGCGGCGCAAGCCACUAAGCUCUGGUGUAGUAAGACUGGACCCUAGUCGACAUUACUAUGUUAAUUUAUGCAACUCAUGUUAACAUAGUAAUAUAGACUAAACGAACAAAUUUAGGCCACGCCUUUUCUACUGUCAGAAAAGGCCCGUUUGCCAACAAGGAAGGCAAAUUUUGCCAAUAAGGAAAGCCCAUGACCAACUUUUGGUUAUGCAAAGGCAGUUUCAAAAUCAUGAAAUACAUUACAAAAACUACAUGGCCAAAAUGUUACCCUUCUCCUAACAUUUUCUUGUCGAAUUUAGGCAAAAUACAAAAUCGAUCCUGCUGAGAACUGGAGGGACGUGACCCCAGCACUGUACUAAUCAGAAAAUGGCAAAUAGGAUUUAACCUUAAAAUAUCAAAUACGCAGUGACUCUCAUUACAUUGUAGAUUAGAAAUGCAUAUAACAAUCCUAAUACAUUAUAGUUCAUAUUUCAAUAAGCCUUUUGUAAUGUAAAAUUUUCAAAAUGGCACGUCAAGGUGCAAACAUAACAGACAGCACUCAAGUAUACUUUUCGUAUGUCACAGGAAGUGUACUUCAGUGCUACGCAUCAUGCUUCAAUUGCUUCCUGCCAUUGAGAAAGAUCUUAUUUUGUUUGCUAGAUCGAAGCUUUUAGAUUUGUAAAAACCACAGAACAGGUAUUUUAAGAUUAAAGCAAAAUGAAUUUAGGAAAACACCGGUAUUUAUUCAGUAAAAAUUCGUUUUAAUUGCAUUGAAACUGUGCAGAUCACGCAAUUUAUUAGAUUCACUCAAAUACGAUGA